ACUCUCAGAAGGGUUGUUCGGUAGAUAGGCGACUAGCAGGAGGAUUGCUCAAUAAGGGAGACCUAGAUGCAGUCCAUAUGCUCGAUAGCCUUCCUAUCCUUUCAAUUGACACUCUGUAUCUCGUCUCCUCGUCGCCUCUCAGGCAGGCGGUGCCAAAGCACUUUCGUCCUCACUUCCAAUUCAAUAGGUCGUAAAGCCGCCCGGCAGCAUCAAUUUCCACCUCGCUGUAAAUAAGAAACGAUUGAAAAGAGAGAUGGCGACAAUGUCUGGCCUCGGUUGCCGUGUUGAAAUGCGGUUGCUGGCUUUUGCUGAGGAUCAAAACAAAGAUCCGCGAGCCCCGUCAGAAAUUAAGUUAAGCGGUGGAUUUAGGCUCGGCGCGGGGAAGUCAAGGCCUUAUUGCCCUACUUUUGGCUGUGAUGGAUAGCUACAUAUCCUGUCUCAUGGACAAUCGAUUAUAUUGGAGUACGAUGAUUGGGUUUGGAUUUGAUUUUGAUUUGGCUAGGUGCUGACUGGGAGUUGAGCUUUGGAUGUGCUAAAACGCGUUGGCUUCUGAAUGACAUAGGGCUAGCCUCUCGGAGUCUACAAGAUAUACUAAGUGAUGAUUUGACCCUCUCUGCGAUGUUGUAAAAGUGAAGUCUGUCAGCAAUCAUAGUCACCGGUCACUUACUGAGUUCGAGCCACUGUAUCACAGCACCUGAGAAAGUCGCAAGGGCUUCUCAUAUCCACUCUCAACUCGGGUUGGAUUACCCAAAGAGGAAGACUUUGGCUCUCCAAUUUAUUAUCGUUCGAGUACUGUAAUCAACAUCGCACACCAACUGUCGCUUACGGAGCAGCCUCAAGCAGUUAUCUUACCGUCUUGCUCGUAGGGUUCGCAGCCAUGUCCUUGUAGGCAGUCGAUGGAACUGGGAGAUUUUGCCUUUCUUUCACCGCGCAUCUGGAGAACAAAGAAGGAGCCAAAAGUCGCGUGCACUCGCGCUUGUUUGAGAAAACCCUUCUGCAGCUAGUGACGGAUCGUAGAUGAUGAGCAGGGGGCUUGCUGCAGUCAGAAAAUAGUGAUGGGCCUCUGCAUUGAAUCCUCCUUCCUUAGACCCUCGCCUGGUGCUGUUGUUGUGAGACACAAGAACGAGAAGACGAAGCGCACUCGAUGAAGACCAAGGGGAAAUCCCACAAACCUGAGACUUCGAAGUUGGAGUCGAGCUUCUAACGGCUUUCGCGGCUGGGUUGGGCAUACACUACUAGACAUGACAGCCCCUAGACGGCCAGCUGAAUGCCAUAUGGAGACCGCUGCUGCCCUGUUCAUCCUUGGUUGCCCGUUGGGUAACUCCAUUUCAAGCUCGGGUACCGGAGCAGCAGGAAGACCCAUCAUAGUCGUUUGAAUAAAGGCCCUCGUUUAAUUGGCAAUCUGGCAACUUGGCCAUUCGGUGACGGUGUGCGUGGCGGACAAGGCAGGCGUCCCUCUUGCAAACAGGGCGAGAAGUCCGGUAUUCGGCCGUUUGAUCGUUUCCCGAUUUUCCCCGACCUCUUGCAGCCUCUCACCCCACCUGCGCGGACGCAGUCGGUGAACCUAAAGCGGGCAAGACCGAGGAGAGGAUAUCGGGUAAAUUCGGAGAGAGGGCAGCAUUGGCAUCUCCGCCCGUCAUGUGAUGACUGUGCGGACGCAUCCGAUGCGAGCACCACUGAGACGCUGCAGCCGGAGCGUGAGAGUCGAGGCUAGGAGCAGAGCGACUUCGCUUGGAAAUUGGGUGUCUUCUCGGGUUCCAUGAUUGUCUCUCUCUCCAAGCGUCGAGUCACCCCGUCAAGAGAAAAUUUGGUCAGGCAAUGCUGAACCCGUUGUUGCUGGUGGGUCAUGUAAUCGUCGUAUGUUGCUGGACAUUGGACAGUGGUUGGAGUACGCUUUUCAGUCGCAACUCGAAGCAAGGCCGCUUCCGGUCAUCGUAGCACCGCAGGCAGUUGGAUACGGGGAAAAGCGGUGGAUAUGGGGUAGCAACUGCGAGGCCCAAUCAUGAUAGAGUCAAUCAGCAAGAAACAAUAAUAGAUCCAUCCUCCUGGUGUGCUGCACUGCUGUUGCUCCGAACACUGAGCAGAUUAGUGAGUUAGUGCCCAGUAGGAAAGGGACACACGACCCGGCAUGGGGGAAAUGGAAGUGGUUUGCUUUAUGUAUUAUUAUUAUCAUCUGAAAUCUCAGAGUUCUUAUCAAGCUCGGGAAUCCUAGCUUCGAGUCACCCGAAGGAUGCAUUGUCGGGUCGAGUCCAAGACUCCAAGUUCAUCUAUUUUCGUAAUUACUCGUACGGGAUUCCCGUAUUGAACGGACCGCUCAGCAACUUUCCCGGGGUUUUGAAUUUGCAGGCCACCUAUUGGCCGGGGCUUCCACCGGCAUGGAGGGCUGGCCGGGGAACCCGUCGUCAUGGACAACGGAUUAUGGAUUUACGACAUCAAGUCGAGGCGUCUAACUAUGGAUACCAAUGCCGUUUGAUUUGGCAUCGGGCGAAGACAAGUGAGAUUAUUGUCGCAAGUCAAGCUGAAUUCACUUGAAGGGGGUGAGUCGAUGGCUCGGAGGGAUGUGCUGGGGAAAGCCCAACGGGCCAAUCCGGAUCCCUCUUUGAAAGACAAAAUGCGGCUCGGGGCCCCGAUUUCGGGGGAGGAGAAGAGGGGAAGCCCUGGCUGACGCCUCGGAGAUUAAAGGACGUAACGAGUCCGGUCGGGGAGGGGUUGGAGAUUUGGAGAAGACAAGAGGGAGGAAACUCAGGAAAGGGGGGUGUUCCGGACUGGAAAGGGAUAGCGCGCAGCUUGGCCGUUGUCGGAAGCAGAGUCUCCUGGGGGGAGCUGUAACGUUGUACCGCUCCGUGCCAGUAAUUGACCAAUGCGGCGGUGCCAAAAAUACAUAUGUUGCUCGCAGCUGCGUAUGGGCUAGUAAGGGCCAAGUAACCACUGAUCGCCCGACGGAAUGCACUUGGGCGUGGGGUAUGCAAGUCCUUUUGCUAGGGGAAAUCGAGCGCCUUGCCGGAGGGUCCUUUGCGCCUGUCGGUUGCCCUGAGACCACCAACUGCCCAGUGCACUUUUAUCAAUGGCCUGAGCCACCAAGCCUUCGCUCGGAGCUUCUAAGCCCAACCGCGUACGCAGAUUACUCCGUACUCGCCGUAUUUUCUCAAUGUUUGUUCACGCUGCGCAAAAGAGGGGAAGCUGGACCCUUCACAUUAAGUGUCUGCUUUCUCGGGCUCCUUUGAAGUAAACUCGGAAUAAUAAAUUGUUGGCUGUCUCAGCCGACUCCAACGUGUGCAAUAAAUUGUCUUUCCUCUGCGAGGCUGCGAUCAUAGCCUUGGCGUCUCUGCCUCCUUGCUGAUUCCAGCGUCGUUGUCUGCCAAGACGGAUGAUUCUCAGACAACCGGGCUUACUUUUUUUUCGUAUCUUCAUGUCGUCCGACUUUGUUCAGGUUGUUUGUGCCUCCUGGAGAAGAAGAGUUGACCAUGUGCACUCCCGUUGAGAAUGCAUGCUGACCAAGUGCCUGGGACCACAGGUGGGAUAAGCACUGCAUCCUUGUACUUGCCCCACUGCCAUGGUGUCCAAUCAUCCAUUCAGCCGGGACUUUUGAUCUCGUUUAGGGCGGAGAAGAAGAAAAAAAGAAAGCAAGAAGCAUGAACGAAGUGUUUUGUCGACGCUGCGCUUGUUUACUUUAGGCUAGCGGCUGCCCUUCUUCAGAGUCUCCUGUCCACGUCGACUUUCCAGCCCGGCCGGAGGAGGUAAAGAUGGAGCACAGAUCAUGAAACAGAGGACUCGGCUGAGGUGGCAAAUCCAAGAGGGCUCCCGAGUCUGACUCACUGCGCACAGCUUGACCUCGAAGGACACCGUUGCCUGCCUUCCUGGAUUAUUAUCCGAGUCGACGCCAUGAUUUGCGCCUGCGACCCAUCGCAAAGGUCGUUCUGUCUGAGUCUCAUGAGCAGUGUGCAUUGGGUCGCCAAUUAAGAGUUUGAGAAUCAACAUGGUGGUCAUACCAUUUGUUGAUCUGUUCAGGCCUAUCUUCGGUUCUCUUUCGAUGCCUGAGUUGCAGCAAUUCUUCGUUUCUUCUUUUGAACAUUUUUAGUAUUCCAUGGCCAGCCAAUGGCUGAACCACAGGAACUGGUGGUUUAAGGUUGCCUGGGCCGAUGGACUCGGAUGGAGACUCGUUGCGGCGAGCCUAGGAGUAUACAUCGGGUGUUCACGGAAUGGUCUUCACCGAGAAAAUUGACCUGAAUCAGCAUGUAGUUGCACUGUGUGCCUUUUCAAACGAUCACCGAGGGCGAUGCACUCGAGCAUGCCACAGAGGAUAAUUUGAACAGAGAAUCGGGGCCAGCGCUGCCGAGAGACGCGUGUAAAAUAUUGUGAAAUUCCAAUACCAGCAGGUUCCCACUAGCGUCCCCUCACAAGCACUUUGCUUUUCUGGCCCCACUGGCUUGGAUCUUGACGUAGGAGAAACCUAAUCUUCUUGGUUAAAAGGUUGAAAAGCCAGUGUCCUGAUUGGCUGCUGCCCUCUUAUCUCUGACCUGCUCCCCAGGCUUUGGAGUGCAUCCGGCUGCAUCAAACACGCUGUUCAUGAUGGAGGAACUUACCCUGACGGCAUGGGCCGAGCGCAUUCAAAGGGUAUUUGUACAGCCAAUGCGGCAUAAACUGAAGAUGGGUGGAUGGAAGAUAUUAACAACAUUGAUGGGCUCGUCGCAUGUGAAGACGUUCCUGGCCCUCUCCAGCGCAACACUUGGAAGUUGUGGCGGAUGUUUUGUUGCCAGGAGCGGAAGCCGCCGAAAACGCUCUCUGUUGCUCGCCUGUUGCUGCGUAUUUCUUGACUGCAGCAACGGAAAGGGUAUGCAUUUCUUUUUCUUCUCCGUCUGCACCUCGUAGUCUGUAGGCCAUUUACAGCGCACUAAUUACUUUCACCUAUGCCCUGGAGAGCAAAGGGAAUUUGCCACGGUGGACAGGCAUUGUCGUCGAUCUCCACUGCUGUAUUUUUCCCUCAUUAGUCUUCCAGAUUCAAGCAGUCAAGCCCUCUCCCACCAGCCCAACGAGCUGUACCGCGCCAUACCAUACCCAUACCAGUCUCGCCCGUAUCGGAGUCUCGAGACGAAAUCCCCGGACCUCUGGCUCCCGUCCUCUCUCCCGCCCAGUAACUUUUUUUUUUUUACUACGCGCAUUAUUCCCCUCCCCCUCCUUCUUUUAUUUCCCCUCUCCCCCCUCCACUUCGUCUGCUUCUCUCUCUCCUUUUCUCACUUUUCUACGAAAUACCCCGGAGCAAGACGUUGGGCGAAACACCUCCGCGAUUGCCAUUACGCUGCCCACGCUCCGCCAUUGACGACAGAGUCCAGACUAUACAUCCACGACUCCCGACCCCGCCCAGACUCACCAGCGGCGGCCGUUACCCUAACUGCGAUCACGACUCCCCCAGUUUCUGCCAUUCCAUUCUCUGUCGGCCACCGGCGGAAGAAUGGGUCUGAACUUGGAGGAAAUCUAUGGCCAAACUAUAGUUGAGGAGCAGAGUCCAAACGAAUAUUCGGAGUACCAGCCCAAGAAGGGAUAUGGCUGGGCCAACACUUUGCCCGAGCGGCAAGGUCUCUACGACCCCGAAUAUGAAAAGGAUGCUUGCGGUGUAGGCUUUGCUGCCAAUAUUAAAGGCAAGGCAAGCCACAAGAUUGUUAGCGAUGCCCGAAACCUGCUAUGUAACAUGACGCACCGAGGUGCUGUCGGUUCGGACGCGCGCGAUGGAGAUGGUGCCGGUGUAAUGACCAGUAUCCCCCACAAGUUUUUCAUCAAAAACUUUGCUCGCGAAGUCGGAGUGGACCUCCCUCCGCUCGGCCAGUAUGCCGUCGGUAACCUCUUUUUCAAGCCGGAUGAGGAGGCUCUGAAGGAGUCCAUUAAAACAUUCGAGGAGAUUGCCACAUCACUAGGACUGCGCGUACUAGGGUGGCGUGAGGUCCCUCGCGAUUCUACCAUCCUGGGUCCCGCAGCCCUUUCCCGCGAGCCCACGAUCCUGCAGCCCUUUGUGGUCCUCAAAUCCGCUUACGGCGAAGGAAACAAGCCCGAAAUCACAGAUGUAGAGCAGUUUGACCAGAGAACAUUCGAGAUCCAGCUGUACAUCCUGCGAAAGCGCGCUACUCACAUCAUCGGCCUUGCCAACUGGUUCUACCUGUGCUCUCUCAGCAACCGCAACAUUGUGUACAAGGGUCAGCUUGCCCCCGUGCAGGUCUACCAGUACUACCACGAUCUUGUCAACGUUGACUACGAGGGUCACUUUGCCCUGGUCCACUCCCGUUUCUCUACCAACACAUUUCCCUCCUGGGACCGCGCACAGCCUCUGCGAUGGGCCGCUCACAACGGUGAAAUCAACACUCUGCGAGGAAACAAGAACUGGAUGCGCGCGCGUGAGGGCCUGCUAAAGUCCGAGAUUUUUGGAGAUGAGCUCGAGUCGCUGCUUCCUGUUGUUGAGGAUGGUGGCUCCGACUCUGCUGCUUUCGACAACGUCCUGGAGCUGUUGAUGAUCAACGGUGUUCUCUCUCUGCCCGAGGCCGUCAUGAUUAUGAUUCCCGAGGCGUGGCAAGACAACCCAGCAAUGGAUCCCUCCAAGGCCGCUUUCUACGAAUGGGCUGCCUGCCAGAUGGAACCCUGGGACGGUCCAGCUCUUUUCACUUUCUCCGACGGCCGCUACUGUGGCGCCAACCUGGACCGAAACGGUCUUCGCCCUUGCCGUUUCUAUGUGACCGAUGAUGACCGUAUCAUUUGCGCCUCUGAAGUUGGUGCGGUGGACAUUGACCAGGAACGGGUCAUCCAAAAGGGUCGUCUGCAGCCCGGUAAGAUGUUGCUGGUCGACACUGUCGCGGGCCGUAUUAUCGACGACUCUGAACUCAAGUACACCGUAUCCCACCGCCAGGAUUUCACCGCUUGGCUGGAGAAGGAGCUCGUGAAGCUGCCCGCCAUCACCGACAAGCUGGUUGAGCAAAACGUGGAUAUCCGCCACACUCUCGACAACAGCACUAUCCAGAACGACCCCCGCUUGAAGGCCUUUGGUUACUCUUUUGAGCAGGUUACUCUUCUCCUUGGUCCUAUGGGUGCCGACUCUAAGGAAGCCCUUGGUUCCAUGGGCAACGAUGCUCCUCUGGCAUGCAUUGCCAAGCAGCCGCGUCUUCUCUAUGAGUACUUCCGUCAGCUCUUCGCUCAGGUCACCAACCCGCCCAUCGAUCCUAUCCGUGAGGCUGUUGUCAUGUCCCUAGAGUGCUAUGUUGGUCCCCAGGGCAACCUUCUGGCCAUGGACCCCUCUCAGUGCCGCCGCUUGCUUCUUCCCUCUCCUAUCUUGAGCAUCCCCGAGUUCAAUGCCCUCAAGAACAUCAACAGUGUUCACAAGGACUGGACUGUCCGAUUCAUCGACAUUACCUUUGAGAAGAAGAAGGGUGUGCCCGGAUACAUUGAAGCCCUUGACCGUAUCUGCGAUGCUGCCACCGAAGCCAUCCAGGCCGGCGACAAGAUGCUCAUCCUGUCUGACCGCGCCACCUCCGCUGACAGAGUCCCCGUGUCUGCUCUGCUGGCCACUGGUCUCGUCCACCACCACUUGGUCCGCAACAAGUGGCGAUCUUCUGCCGCUUUGAUUGUUGAGACUGCCGAAGCUCGCGAGGUUCACCACAUGUGCGUUCUUGUCGGUUAUGGUGCUGAUGGUAUCAACCCUUACCUCGCCAUGGAGUGCAUUCUCAAGAUGAACAGGGAGAACUUGAUCCGUAAGCAAAUCUCUGACGAGAAGGUCAUUGAAAACUACAAGGCCUCCUGCGAUGGUGGUAUCCUCAAAGUCAUGAGCAAGAUGGGUAUCUCCACUCUGCAAUCUUACAAGGGUGCUCAGAUCUUCGAAGCUCUCGGUAUCGACGACAGCGUCAUUGAUCGCUGCUUCGCUGGUACUGCCAGCCGUAUCCGCGGUAUGACUUUCGAGCUUAUCGCUCAGGAUGCGUUUGCCUUCCACGAGCGUGGUUACGCCUCCCGCUCCAUUGUUGACAUCCCUGGUCUGACCGAGACUGGAGAGUACCACUGGCGUGAUGGCGGUGAGGAUCACAUCAACGACCCCGUCAGCAUUGCCAACGUCCAGGACGCCGUCCGCACCAAGAACGACAAGUCUUACGAGGCAUAUGCCAAGGCUGCCCAUGAGCAGAUCAAGAACUGCACUCUCCGUGGUAUGCUCGAGUUUGACUUUGACCAGCGGACCCCCAUCCCCAUCGACCAGGUCGAGCCCUGGACCGAGAUUGUCCGCCGCUUCGUGACUGGUGCAAUGUCCUACGGAUCCAUCUCCAUGGAAUCUCACUCUACCCUGGCUAUUGCCAUGAACCGCCUCGGUGGAAAGUCCAACACUGGUGAAGGUGGUGAAGACCCCGAGCGCAGCAAGCGGAUGGAAAACGGCGACACCAUGCGCUCUGCCAUCAAGCAGAUUGCCUCUGGUCGCUUCGGUGUCACCUCCCACUACCUCGCCGAUGCCGACGAGCUGCAGAUCAAGAUGGCCCAGGGAGCCAAGCCCGGCGAGGGUGGUGAACUCCCCGGCCACAAGGUCGUCGGACCCAUCGCGCACACCCGCUACUCGACCCCCGGCGUCGGUCUCAUCUCACCCCCUCCCCACCACGACAUCUACUCGAUCGAAGAUCUCAAGCAGCUCAUCUACGACCUCAAGUGCUCCAACCCGCGCGCCCGCGUCUCCGUCAAGCUCGUUUCCGAGGUUGGCGUCGGUAUCGUCGCCUCUGGUGUCGCCAAGGCCAAGGCUGACCACAUCCUCAUAUCCGGCCAUGACGGCGGUACCGGUGCCUCGCGCUGGACUGGUAUCAAGUAUGCCGGUCUCCCCUGGGAACUUGGUCUGGCCGAAACUCACCAGACGCUUGUUCUUAACGAUCUCCGUGGUCGUGUUAUUGUCCAGACUGAUGGACAGAUCCGAACCGGCCGUGAUGUCGCCGUCGCCUGUCUGCUUGGAGCAGAGGAAUUUGGCUUCGCCACCACCCCUUUGAUCGCCAUGGGCUGUAUUAUGAUGAGAAAAUGCCACCUUAAUACCUGCCCGGUUGGUAUUGCGACUCAGGAUCCGGAGCUUCGCAAGAAGUUUGAGGGCCAGCCAGAGCACGUGAUCAACUUCUUCUACUACAUCGCCAACGAGCUGCGUGCCAUCAUGGCUAAACUUGGCGUCCGCACUAUCAAUGAGAUGGUCGGUCGCGCCGAAUUGCUCAAGGUUAGGGACGAUCUUCGCAACCCUAAGCAGCAGAACAUCGAUCUCUCCCUCAUUCUCACUCCCGCCCACUCGCUCCGCCCUGGUGUAGCGACAUACAACACAAGGAAACAGGACCACCGUCUGCAUACUCGUCUCGACAACAAGCUCAUUGCCGAGUCCGAGCUCGCUUUGGAGAAGGGUCUGCCUUGCCGUGUUGAGUGCGACGUUGUCAACACCGAUCGCGCACUGGGUGCCACCCUAUCCUACCAGGUCAGCCGUCGUUACGGUGGAGAAGGUCUCCCGCAGGAUACUAUUCACGCCAACAUCAAGGGUUCUGCCGGUCAGUCGUUUGGUGCCUAUCUUGCCCCUGGUAUCACCCUGGAGCUCGAAGGUGAUGCCAACGACUACGUUGGCAAGGGCUUGUCAGGUGGUCGCCUUAUUGUCUACCCGCCUCGCGGUGCUGCGUACAAAGCCGAGGAGAACGUCAUCGUCGGAAACACCUGUCUGUAUGGUGCCACACGCGGUACGUGCUUCUUCCGCGGCGUCGCUGCUGAACGUUUCGCUGUCCGUAACUCUGGCGCUACUGCUGUCGUUGAAGGUGUUGGUGACCAUUGUGCCGAAUACAUGACCGGUGGCCGCGUGGUUGUCCUUGGUCCAACUGGACGUAACUUUGCUGCUGGUAUGUCUGGUGGUAUUGCCUAUGUCUUGGACAUGAACCAAGACUUCGUCUCCAAGGUCAACAUGGAAAUGGUCGAGCUUUCUGGCCUUGAAGACCCUGCUGAAAUCGCUUUCCUUCGUGGGUUGAUUGAGGAUCACCACCAUUACACUGGUUCUGAGUUGGCUGCCCGUAUCCUGCUGGACUUCACCCGUGCCCUCCCUCACUUCGUCAAGGUGCUGCCUACCGACUACAAGCGCGUUAUGCAGGAGGAAGCCGCCAAAGCCGCUGCUGCAAAGAAGGCUGAGACCACUCUUCCUCUGCGAACCAGCACUCCCGCCAAGGAGGAGAAGCCCAAGGCCGAGACCGACGCCAAGAAGGCCGAGCUUUUGGAUAUCGAGGACAGUGUCACAGACUCCAAGGUGGAGAAGAAGAGGACCGCUCUUAUCCUCGACAAGACCCGCGGCUUCAUGAAGUACAGCCGCCGCAGCGAGAAGUACCGCAACCCGGCCACCCGUACUCGUGACUGGGCUGAACUGUCCAACCGCCUCACUGAGGACGAGCUCAAGUACCAGUCUGCUCGUUGCAUGGACUGUGGUGUUCCUUUCUGCCAGUCUGACACUGGUUGCCCCAUUUCCAACAUCAUUCCCAAGUGGAAUGAAUUGGUGUUCCAGAACCAGUGGCAGGAUGCCCUUAACCGUCUGCUCAUGACCAACAACUUCCCUGAAUUCACUGGCCGUGUCUGCCCUGCUCCUUGCGAGGGUGCUUGUGUCCUCGGUAUCAACGAGGAUCCCGUCGGUAUCAAGUCUAUCGAGUGCGCCAUCAUUGACCGCGGUUUCGAAAUGGGCUGGAUGGUUCCUCGUCCUCCUCCUGUCCGCACUGGCAAGACCGUUGCCAUCAUCGGAUCUGGUCCUGCUGGUCUCGCGGCUGCGGAUCAGCUCAACCGCGCUGGCCACAGCGUGACUGUCUAUGAGCGUGCUGACCGUAUUGGUGGUCUGCUCAUGUACGGUAUCCCCAACAUGAAGCUCGAUAAGAAGAUCGUUCAGCGCCGUGUUGAUCUCAUGGCCGCCGAGGGCAUCAAGUUUGUCACCAGCACCUCCGUUGGACCCGACAGCGAUGUGACUCUUGACUCCCUCCGCGAGACUAACGAUGCUGUCAUCCUUGCUACCGGUGCCACCGUUGCUCGUGACCUCAAGGUCCCUGGCCGUGAGCUUGAUGGUAUCCACUUUGCCAUGCAGUUCCUGCACCGCAACACCAAGUCUCUCCUCGACUCCGAGCUGGCCGAUGGUUCUUACAUCUCCGCCAAGGACAAGCACGUCGUCGUCAUCGGUGGUGGUGACACCGGUAACGACUGCAUUGGUACCUCCGUCCGCCACGGCGCCAAGUCCGUCGUCAACUUCGAGUUGCUACCCCAGCCUCCGCCAGAGCGUGCCCGCGACAACCCAUGGCCCCAGUGGCCCCGCAUCUACCGUGUCGACUACGGCCACGCCGAAGUCAAGACCCACAUGGGCAAGGACCCUCGCGAGUUCUGCAUCAUGUCCAAGGAGUUCGUCGAUGACGGCAACGGCCGCGUCAAGGGCAUCAACACUGUCCGCGUCGAAUGGACCAAGAGCGCCACUGGCGGUUGGGACAUGAAGACGGUCGAGGGCAGCGAGCAGUUCUUCCCUGCCGACCUCGUCCUCCUCUCCAUGGGUUUCCUCGGCCCCGAGGACCGUCUCCUCGGCGAGGAGAUUGAGCGCGAUGCCCGCAAGAACGUCAAGACUACCCCCGGCCACUACGGCACCAACGUCCCUGGCGUGUACGCCGCUGGUGACUGCCGCCGUGGACAGUCUCUCAUCGUCUGGGGUAUUAACGAAGGUCGCCAGUGCGCUCGCGAGGUCGACACCUUCCUCUCCGGCAUCAGCUCUCAGCUCCCUGUGACCGGUGGUAUCGUCCGCCGCCCUGCCAUCGACGCAGUCCGCCAGGCCACUGAGCAGAUUGUUGUUGCCGCAUAAAUACAUCCAAACCAAAGAAAGAAAAAAAAGACAAAAUCCCAAUAGAAUUUCGGCACGCCGGACAGGCUCCUGCGCGACGACAGGCUUCAUUCUAUUCUCACGAUGACGAUGAUCUAUGAAUAAUACCAGCGUCGAAAAGCGAAAGGAAGGAAAAUUUACUACUGGAUCAGCGGGUUAUAUGUUGGUGGGUUUGUACUCUAUCUCUAAUUCGACAGUUUCCUGCAUGGUCAUGGUUAGAUGGGGGAAUGUUCUCGAUUUUUACAACACCUGAUAUAUUGUGCGUUCUUUUGUCUGUUACUCUUGUUGUUUUUCCCGUGCUUCUGGUUGCAGCGUCUUUGUUCAAAAUACUCGGCAAGGAGUUGGAGCGUGUGCAAUCUUCUUCUUUCAAGUUGUACAUAUUUCUUUCUUGUCAAUACAGUAUUUCACCUACAGUACUACAUUCGAGUAAAGCCAGUUGCUUUUGAAUAGAACUUGAUUCGUACUAAGCCCAAUAAUCAUCAACAAAGGAGAUGUAUAUGCAAAAAUUCAGGGAACGUAAAACCAUGGGAAGCUAC